CUAGUCUUUACUUCUUCCUCCCAGUUGAAGCUAGUCGGUCAACCGCUACACCUGCUCUCCGUUAUUUAUCCUCUCCACCAACAAAUACUCUCACAAAGAUGGAUGAUUUUGACAUGCUGAACGCGCCUCCAGCUGGUAACGGUGUCGGCUCCUCGGAUGAGGACCCCGCUGCCGCCUUCUUGGCCCAACAGGAGAGCGAGAUCGCGGGGAUUGAGAACGACGAAGGCUUCAGCAUCCUGGACGGGGGAGACGUGCCGUCGUCUCUGGGAGACUCAACCGAUGGUGCUGUCAAUGGAGAUCUGCAUGGGGAAAGCAACGGUCCAUCUGACGCCUAUGCAGCAAUUUCCAAUGCAGACCGGCUGCAGGCCGAACCGGAAAGCCUACGCAAGUGGAGGGAGGAGCAAGGCGAUCGGCUGGAGUUGCUAGAUGAAAACUCUCGCAAGCAGGAGUCAGAGUGGAAGGAGAAAGCCAAGGUGGAGCUGGAGGAGUGGCACGCCAGGCAGAACGAGCAGCUGGAGAAAACAAAAACCAACAACAGGGUGCUGGAUGAAGACUUCUACAAGCAGCCCUUCUCUGAGCUCAUUGGUUAUGUCACACACAUUAACCAUCCUUGCUACCGCCUAGACCAGGCGGCUGAGGAGGCCAUGAUCUCAGAUCUGGACGAGAACAACCCCGGCACGGAGUGGGAGCGGGUGGCUCGACUCUGCGACUUCAACCCCAAGUCCAGCAAGCAGGCCAAAGACGUGUCCCGCAUGCGCUCCGUCCUCAUCUCCCUGAAGCAGUCCCCGCUCGUCCGCUAGGCAGCCGAGGCCGCUCAGGGCGUCAUUCCAUAUCAUCGUCUGUCACCACACACCAACCAACCGACCCAACGACCACCAUCUGUAUUCUGAAGACCCCCCCCCCCCCCCCCGUUUGCCGUGCACAGCCCUGUCUGUCUCCCCCGAGUUGGGACACUAAAAGGGAAGGCUUGAUGUUUGUCUGGGCCUACAGCUACACUACAACCUGCUUCACACGGCCCCCCCAAACAAUAUCAUUCCCACGAUGCUGUACUCUAACUCCUCACCUGUCAGUCUCAUGAAUCCUUCCCUGGCCUACGAGGGUUGAUUGAUGUUAAAUGGUUUUAUUCCUUACAAAACAGUAUCUUUUUUCUUUGUUGUUGUUUUUUUAAGGACCAAACUCUUCAGACAAAACUCCAAAUUCAGUGCUGAACUGUGUGUGUAGAGCCUGCUUGUGGCAUAUUGUGUUCCAAUCUAUGCAUUUCCUUUUUGAAAAGCCUCUCCCCUCUCCAGUCAGGAACUGAACAAAGUCCAGUCAUUACAGUAAAUAUGACCCGUUUGUGUGUGUGCGCGUUUAAACCUCAACAGUGUGUGUGUGUGUGUGUAUGUACUCUAUGCGUGUACCUAUGUACAUAUACAGAAGGCAAUAUUAUAUACAGUAUAUAAAACGUUUAUGUCACUGAAAUUAGACAGUUGUGGUUUUGAUGAGAACUAGAUAUUAGCCAGCUGUUGCUUGACCAUACGUGUUCAUUGUCCAUUUGAUUUCAAUAUCAGUAAAAAAGUGAAUGAAA